AUGAAUAUCGGGCGAUCACCAUUGAAAGAGACGGAUGCAAACCUGAAAACGGGAAAUGACUUGCUCAAAAAACGGUCAUUGGAUCGGUUGGAACAACAACAACAUCGCAAAAGAACUAAAACCAACGAUGCAUCGAGAAGGACGAUAGAGGGUGCAGUACAGAUGAGCAAACAAACUGCAUUGAAAAAGGUUGGGGAGCAGUCAAAGGUGACACCCCAUGAUCUUCUCGAAUGGCAGAAUAAUUGGAGGAAAAUUAUGAGAAGGGACACGAAGAUUUAUUUCGAUACAACGGAAGUGCAUGAUACGAUAUUAUAUGCCAAACAAAAGUUGGAUAAGAAGAAGGAUCUUUUGAAACGUGGCUUCUUAUCGUUAGGUGCACAAAUAACGCAGUUUUUCGACACCGAUGUGACAAUUGUCGUUACUAUGCGAACGGUAAAGUCAACUGAUCAGCUUCCGGAUACAGACGUGCUUGCUCGAGCAGCUAAGCGGUACAUGAAAGUUUGGACCUAUGAAAAGGCAACGAGGUUCUUGAAGAACUUGGAUGUGGACCUAGAUACACUUGAAAGCAAAGCACAAGUAGCAUAUCCAACGUUAUCAAACUUGCUCCAGAAUGAAAAGAUUUACGGCCCAGCAGAUCGAGACCCUAAGACACGUCGCGAUGAUGUUCACUACUUCAAGUACCCUCACAUCUAUCUUUACGACUUAUGGCAGAUUUGGGCACCUAUUAUUAUAAUGGAGUGGAAACCGCAAGAUUUGGUAGACCCUCAUCAUCUGCCUUACCCUAGCAUCAAACCUGGCACAUUUGGAAGAUGCCCUUUUAUUGGAGACGGUCACUGUGACGAAAGCAGUUCAAAAAGAAUCAUCAAAAGAUAUAAGAGGGAUAAAGUCAACGAAAAAUACGCUCUUCAUUUGCGUUUGCUAUAUCAAGAGUCAGCAGAACCACAGGAUCGAGAUUUUGGUGACGAGAUGCCAAUUAUUCUCUCCCACAAUCACGCGAAUUCAAGAGAGUGUUAUGAAAAUCUCAUGAAGAUAAACAACUCGGACGAAGUUAAGUCAAACGAAUCCACUGAAUCUUCUGCGCAAAAACAAGAGUCGCUUCCUUCUGGAGUUUCAGUGAUCCCUAAACCUCCAUCUAAAGCCAUUUGGAAAACCCCUGCUGCAUUUAACCCGCCAGUUCUGCUACUCUCUAGGCAAGAUACUGAAGAAUUUGCAGAUGAUCUCUGCAGGAAAAAGCCCAGAAUUCCACAAGAAAUAAAAGCCAGCGGAGUGAACCAAUCUAAUGAUGGAUCUGCAUCUAUUGGCAACGGGCUAGGUCCUACAAAGGCCUCUGUGUUGAACAAGAACAUGAAGUCAUUAAAUAGACUUGUUGUUGAUAAAAAAUUCCACCCCGCUAAAGGUUUGGAUCCCGUGGAGUCUACGCCACCUCUCAAGACGAAGCUCACUUCGAUUAUUAGCACUCAAAUUGAUGCAUCAAAGGAAAAGCCCAAAGAAAAGAAAACUGAGGUUAAGAGACAAGAUUUUAAACUUGGUUCUGGCUAUUGUGAGAACUGUAGGGUCAAAUACGAUUGCUUAGCGCACCACAUUAACACUGACAAGCACCAGCACUUUGCUCAUGAUGAUAUGAAUUUUGAGGCUAUUGAUUCAUUAAUAGAGAAGCUUGCUGCUUCAAGAGCAUUGAAUGGUGGUCGGUAG